AGUGCUUCUACUUCAACACAGGAAGUAUGGUUUGUAAGUUUGCAUCCUGCUAUUGAAGUUGCUGAUUUCUCAACCGUUCAGUCUGCCUGAGUACUAAGGACAUGUAUCACUGUCCCAUGAUCAUGUUCCUGUCCAUAUAGUCUAAGUUGUACUGUUCAUUGCCCUGACUGCUCUAAUCCUCCACUAUUUUCUCUAGAUAUUCAAAUCCCUUGCCACCAUCUUUCUUGAAUAUUUAAACCCCUUGGUGGGGAGUUAUCUGACCAUUGCAGAAGAUCUUUGUGUUUUCUGAGUGAAAAGCCUACAAUAUUGCCAACAAAGAUUUCUGUUUUGUUUUUUUCUCUUGUUGUAUUGUGUAUGCAUGUUUGAAAUGGUGGGAAACUCUGGAAGAGUUGAUAACUGUCAUAUUGACAACACCACUUCAUAUCCAUCCAAAUACCCUGAAAUGGACACAGUAAGAGAUCAUGGCUGCUAUGGAACUGAGAGUUUUUGCAGCUUCCAUGUUGAUCACAAGAUGAGUCAUGAGAAAGUGCAUAAGGUGGGCAUUCCUGAAACAAAGAGUGUAGCCCACCAAUUCAGUGGAAAAAUGAAGGAGACAUUCUUUCCUGAUGAUCCAUUCAGACAGUUCAAAGGCCAGCCUUGUGGCAAGAAGUGGUUGUUAGGCCUUCAGUAUCUGUUUCCCAUCCUUGAAUGGGCUCCUAAAUACAAGCUUAGUCUUUUUAAAUCUGAUAUUAUUUCUGGUCUUACCAUUGCAAGCCUUGCCAUUCCUCAGGGCAUCAGCUAUGCCAAGCUUGCCAGUCUGCCUCCAAUCAUAGGCUUAUAUUCAAGCUUUGUCCCACCCAUAAUCUAUGCAAUACUUGGAAGCUCUAGAGAUCUUGGAGUUGGGCCUGUUUCUAUUGCAUCUUUACUGUUAGGAGCCAUGCUCAGAGAGCAAGUUUCUCCAAUCACACAGCAUAAAUUGUAUCUGCAGCUUGCAUUAACUUCAACUUUUUUCGCUGGCAUUUUUCAGGCUUCACUGGGGAUUUUCAGGCUAGGAUUCAUUAUCGAUUUUCUGUCCCGAGCAACCCUGGUGGGAUUCAUGGCAGGUGCAGCUGUUAUAGUGUCACUCCAGCAAUUAAAAGGCCUUCUGGGGAUCACUCACUUCACUCCGAAGAUGGACAUAAUUUCUGUCCUACGUUCUACUUUCCAGAACGAAAAAGAGUGGACAUGGGAGACAAUUUUGAUGGGAGUAUUUUUCUUAGCACUGUUGCUGAUUGCACGCUACAUUAGCAAGGGGAAGCCCAAUCUAUUCUGGGUCUCUGCAGCUGCUCCAUUGACAUCUGUUAUUCUGUCUACUCUAUUCGUCUUCGCCACUCGAACUGAUAAGCAUGGUGUUCAAAUUAUUGGUCACUUGCAGAAAGGACUGAAUCCACCUUCCUCAAACAUGCUGCUUUUUGGUGCCGAAUAUUUAGCACUAACAAUAAAAACAGGCCUUGUCACUGGACUCAUCUCUCUUACGGAAGGUAUAGCUGUGGGAAGAACAUUUGCUUCAAUCAAUGAUUACCACGUUGACGGAAACAAAGAGAUGUUGGCCAUUGGCUUGAUGAACAUGGCAGGCUCUUGCACCUCCUGCUAUGUUACAACUGGAUCUUUCUCUCGUUCUGCAGUGAAUUACAAUGCUGGUUGCAAAACUGCUGUUUCGAACUUAGUAAUGGCUGUAUCAGUGAUGAUCACUCUUCUGCUCCUCACUCCUCUUUUCUACUACACUCCUAAUGUAGUUCUGGCCGCCAUAAUAGUUGGAGCAGUUCUGGGUCUCAUAGACUACCAUACAGCUUAUUUCAUAUGGAAGGUUGAUAAGGUGGACUUCCUUGCAUGUAUGGGAGCUUUCGUGGGCGUCAUCUUUAUCUCUGUGCAAAUGGGCCUUGUCAUUGCGGUGGGCAUUUCUGUGCUGAAAAUACUGCUGCACGUAACAAGGCCACACACAUCUCUACUUGGCAAUAUCCCUGGAACCAACUAUUUCAGAAACGUGGAGCAGUACACUGAAGCAACAAGAAUUCCAGCAUUUCUCAUCAUUCGAAUUGAUGCUCCCAUUUAUUUUGCCAAUUCCACCUACCUAAGAGAAAGGAUCUUGAGAUGGGUGCACGAUGAAGAGGACAGGAUUGAGAAGGAAAAAGAAGAUACCUUGCAGUUUGUCAUACUGGAUCUGACUGCUGUAACAACCAUUGACACAACGGGAGUCAACAUCUUAGUGGAGGUUAAGAAGACACUCGAAAAACGAGGUCUCCAGCUUGCAUUGGCCAAUCCAGGAGGAGGAGUAAUGGAGAAGCUGCAAAAGGCAAAUCUAAUCCAAAGCCUGGGCCAGGAUUGCCUGUUUCUUGCUGUUGGUGAAGCAGUAUCUUCCUGUACUUCAAGCCUGAAAUCACAGGCAUGAUUUCACACAAUAAAUAUCCAAAACACAUAUAACAUACUUCUUCACAAUUUGAUUGUAAUCAAGGGGAAAUUAUGAGGUUGAAGAAGAUGCCCUUAAAAACGUGAAGAAUAUCUAGAUAUGUAUGAAAGAUUUGGAAUCUUACCUCCAUGUUACCUAGUCAAAUUCAAUAAAGUUUUGGAUGAUUAAUGCUUGAAA